AUGGAGAGCUCAGGAGGGCCGUAUCUGAACACAGCAGCAGUGGCAUCCCCGGUGGGAGUAGCCCGUUUGCUGCAGGUGGCGUUUGGAUGUACUACUUUCAGCCUGGUGGCCCAUCAGGGGGGAUUCAGUGCAGCCUAUGGCACCUUCUGCAUGUUCGUCUGGUGUUUCUGUUUUGCUGUCACCAUCUUUAUAAUAACCUGUGAGUUCACUCGUCUCCACAGCUGCCUGAGCAUCUCCUGGGGAAAUUUCACAGCUGCCUUUGCCAUGCUGGCCACACUCAUGUCCAUCACUGCGGCUGUGAUCUACCCGCUCUAUUUUGCCCAGUUUGGCUGUUAUUCCAUCAGUUGCAAGGUGAGAGAUUUCCGCAUAGCAGCCAGUGUCUUUGCAGGGCUCCUGUUCAUUGCGUAUGCUGUGGAGGUGUUUCUAACCAGAGCCAAACCAGGACAGGUGACCAGCUACAUGGCCACAGUAUCUGGCCUCUUGAAAAUUGUCCAGGCCUUCGUGGCCUGCAUCAUCUUUGGGGCACUGGUAAAUGACAGUCAGUACAGCAAUUAUGUGGCUACACAAUGGUGUGUGGCUGUCUAUAGCUUCUGCUUUGUGGUGACAGUGGUGGUAGUGGCCUUCAAUGUCACAGGAAGGACAGCAAUGCUGCGGUGCCCCUUUGAGCGCUUCGUGGUCAUUUACACAUUCGUGGCCAUCCUCAUGUAUGUGAGUGCAGCAGUGAUCUGGCCAGUGUUCUGCUUUGAUAGUAAGUAUGGGUCCCCAUGGCGCCCCUACCAGUGCUCCCAGGGCAAAUGCCCCUGGGACAGCCAACUGGUGAUUGCUAUAUUUACUUAUGUGAACCUGGUGCUUUACAUUGUGGACUUGGCAUACUCUCAACGCAUCCGCUUUGUCUCACACCCUUAA